AUGGUUCGAAAUUACAUACGUAAGACACCAGGACCGACUUACAGUGAAGAAGAUGUAAGUAAAGCUCUUGAGAAAAUUGAAAACAAAGAAAUGACAUUGAGACAAUCUGCGGAACGGCCCUUCAAAAUUCCACCAGGAACAUUAUCUGCAAGAAUAUCUCGUAAAUCCACACCUCAGGUUGGUCGUCCAACAUCUUUAACACAACCACAAGAAGCGCAUUUAGUCAAAUUGAUUAUCACUUUGCAAGGUUAUGGUGAAUUAACAACGUCUCGUUUUUCAAACGGAGCACCAACCCGUGACUGGUAUUAUGGCUUCGUGAAAAGAUGGAAGGAUACGUUAAAACUGAUGAACAGUAUGAAACUGGAAAAAGUACGUGCACAAGGUGUCACAACAGAGACCGUAAACGGUGGGUUCGCCAAACUUCAUUCAGUGUUAUUAAAACUCAAUUUAUUCGACAAACCCCAGCAAAUUUAUAAUUGUGACGAAUUGGGUUUUAACGAUGAUCCGGGGAAAAAGAAGGUUCUGGUCAGUCGUGAAACGAAAUAUGCGAAUCAACAAGUUUGUGGUGAUGUCGAAGCUGACAUACUAAAAGUACAAGGUAUACACAAUGUUCUUUGUUUGCUACAUACACCAAAUGUAUUAUCAAUAUUAGAUCUUGAUUGUAAUGAAGUCGACGAAAUAAAACAAAAUGCAUGUUUUAAGCUAAAUAAUGGUGAAUUUGUUAUUAAACAAGGUGUAAAAGGGAAUUUAGAAGAUCUUGCUGGUGCGUUAAAAACAAAAAAUGAUAAAUAUAAAAAACGAUUACAAGUCCAACGAGAGCUGUUGCCACCGUCAACGAUAAAUGGAAACAAUAAUAUUAGUCAAAUAACAUCAUUGACGACAACACCUUCGAUAACAAUGGUGACAUCAAAAUGUCUAACAGUGAAUGAUCAUAUAACAUUUAUUAAGGAAUAUAUUGAAAAACAUUCAAGAAAAAUUUUUGAUUCGAUGGUACUUAAAGAGGGCGAGCACUAUCGCUUAACAGUUACUCUAUCGGAAAAUACAUUUGAAGCCAGAAUUAAAUGUCAGUGUGGCGAUACAUUAAAUUUGCCUUUACGUGAUGAUAAACCAUACGAAAAAAAAGUUGUUGAUAAUACAUCUAAUAAUAUAACGCCAUCAUUAUCACCACCAUCGAUAACAACAGCUUCGCCUAAUAGUGAUAAUACCAAAACAACGACAAGAGCCAAACGAAAACGCGAGCAUACUUGUUCGUCAACACCUUCACCACCAUCUUCAGCUACUAAGCUUGAAAUGGACGUUGAUCUCUUUGACGAUAUACCAUGCGAUCUUCUUUCAAUUACCAACGAAACAUUUUUCCAGUUAACAGAACAACUAGCGGGUGACAUUGAAGCAGAUAUAUUAAAAGUACAAGGGAUAAACAAUAUUCAUUCACUCUUACGAGCAAAAGAUUUAUUCUUAAUAUUUCAAUUGGAUUGCGAUGAACUGAACAAUUUAAAAACGCGUGCAUGUUUGAAAUUGAAAACUGGUGAAUAUAUUAUUCGACCGGGGAUCAAACAAAAUCUUGAUUAUUGUAUAAGUUUGUUUAAAAAUAAAAUACAGGAACAACAUCAACAACAAUUAACAGGUGAGUUACUAAUAUCAACAGUAACUUCAAUACCAAUGAAUGAUGAAGCACACUUGUUUUUAAACACAUUUAUUGAUAAUAUCAAUAAGAACACGCGUCGUUCGAAAAACAAUUAUCAAUACGAUCUGCAUGUUCGAAGUUUUGCUUCGUGUGUUUUCACAUUAGGUGGUCGUAAUGCCUAUGAAUUUUUGAGAAUAAAUUUGCCUGGUACUUUUCCAUCUAUAUCGGCACUUGAAUCUUAUGAUAAUGAAUUUUAUUCAAAAAUAGAAGAAUGUGAUUUUCGUUUUGAUGCAUUGAAUAGAUAUUUACAAUCAAUUAAUUCUAAAUUUGCAUAUUCAUCGAGGACUGCACUGGUGUUGUUAGUAAAAUUAAUUACGAUGUUAAUACUAAUUCUUUUACCGGUUUUUGUCCGAUAGUUCAUAACGGUAUACCAGCACCUCGUCGUGGUCGUGGUUUUAUCUUCGUCCGAUACAAUUGUUUCUCUUUUUUCAAGAUCCCAUACAUUUGGCCACAAAAUUAAGAAAUAGAUUAUUAUCGAAAAAGGCACAAUUGAUGUUGGGUACACAGCACAUCACAUUACAGCAUCUUCAAGAUCUAGUUGAAAAUCGUUCAUAAUUUGGUAUCAUCAGAUCUAUUUCCGAAAGAUAGACAAAACUUUGCUUCUUGUUUAAAGAUAGCAUCAAAAGAUGUUUUAAAUCUCUUACGUGCUUCAGAAGAUGAAACAUUUGCCACUUACUGUUAUCUUUCCG